CAUAUAAUACAGAUAAUACGACUCCGCAACCUGGCAGCACUGUUUAAAGCCGUGAUCGAAUUUUUAAAAUUUCUAUGCACACACGAAAUAAUCCAGACAAUAAUAUUGUAGAAAAACAAAACUACCAUAACAAUUUUAAUGUCAAACCAAAACUCAGUAUUUGACUAUGAAAACGUGAACGGAGUAAAACUAGCUUUAAAAGUUGACACCGGCAAUGGUUCUCCGAAUUCAAGGCUUUUUACGAUAUCAUACAAGAAUGAAAAAAAUAAAUCUUCGUGGCCUAAGAAGUCUUUAUUUUUCGCUAUCUUAUUCAACUGUUUAGCCCUAACGUUCAUUCAAAUAAGUUUAACUGCAAUGCUUGUUAUAAUAAUAGUAUUAUCAUUUUUAGUUUUUUUUUGGGUGACACACAGUGUUCAGUCAGAGAGCUUGCUAGUCAUUCCCACUGUUGGUGUACAGAGUUCGGUGAAGUAUGUAUGUGGCAGAGAGGAUCAGUUUGUAUCCUGGUCUAGUAUAGAUGAUGUUAUCAUCAAUGAAGUCAUCAGAAUGAAUCGAGUAUUGUAUUAUCUAACACUACUAGUGAAGCCUGUUAAUCAAACUACUAUAGAAGCUGAGUCAAUUAAGCUCAUACCACUUUUUAAAUAUACAAAACCUCGGUUGGUGAUGCUUGAGAAAAUAUAUUCAGAACUACAGAAUCUGCUCACAGAAACCCAGAAAGGAGAUGCUGCCAAGGGUUCAGGAGAUAUUGGAUAAGUUAUAAAGUAAACAAGGUCUUUUACAUCUAGGCCUUACUUAUAAAUGCUGUAUAUGUUUAGUUAUACAAUGUUUUGUGUCACUUCUAACAGUCAAGCAAAAUCAAGUCUUUAUUUUCUAAAAAUAGAGUACAUAGUUUUUGCUUUUAAUUUUAAUUAUAGCAGUAUUUUAUAAUAAGCCAGCAACAUCGAGUCAACAAUCUUCGGAUUGUCAGAGCACCAUCUGAGUUGCCUACCUCUAUUCUGUUUUGCAUUAUAUCUUGGAAGUGUUCACUCAGUAAACUUUUUGUCAAUUUAGGUAUUAUACUCUAAUAUUAAAUACCAUUAACCAAAUUAGUAGACAAAAUAUUAAAUUUAAUAGAUAUAUAGUGUUUUUUUAGUAAUGCGUUAAUACACCUUUUUCGCUGUGUUUCAUAUUUAUAGGUUUUCUUUGGCAAUUCUGCCAUCUAAGAUUAUUAUUGACAUUCCGUUUUUGGAGAAAGGGCGCAUCCAGAGGAGGGUCAUGGGGGUCAUGACCCCCCGCUUGGGCUUGGUCCAGGAUCUAGGUGGACCACUAAUUAAAAUUGUUAAACAUGAUCUUUUUAUAUAUUUUUGUCCCAAUUUAAAUUUUAUUUAAUUAUGUAAGUGCUUAAUUAUUUUAGUAUGUACUUACAAUAUAAAUAAAUAAAAUAAUAUAAUACUUUGUAUUUAUAAUAAAUUAUAUGCUAUAGAAAUCUAGAUUUUAAAUAAUUGUAAUUUUAGGAACAUGUUAUAGUCCAAUAGAAAUUUUCAGCUUUUUAUUAUAAUAUGUAUAUUGUGGUCUAACUAGGAGAAUGUAUUAGAAAAAUCUAGAUUUAGUUGUGUUGUAUUUAGAAAAAUAUUCAAUUAAUUGCCAAAGUUUAUUUGUAAGUUGAAAAUAAUUUGAGUCAUAAUUAUUAAGUAAACAAUAAAUAAAUAUUUUGUUGGAAAAA